UCUGCACCGUUUUGUAGCUUUUCCGGCUGAGUGCAACCCAGACGCCUAAUUGCAGGCAUUCGCAUUUGAUUAUAGUGCUUCAAAGUCAACCACAAAGGCCAAGGAUGAAGGACGAACAGACGGUUGAAGACAAACAUCUUCUCAAAUACAGAGACCAACUGUACCGGCUGAUGAUCAGCCAACUCUUCUACGAUGGUCAUCAUGGUGUUGCGAUGGAAUUGACGAAGGUGGUCCGAGCUGAUCCACCGUGUCCACCGAGUGAUCGGUUGAUGAACAUUUUCAAGCAAGCGACUCAGAUCGAGCAAUCGAAGCAGAGCAAUCUGUUCGACGACCUGCCGUGCGGGUUGGACCUGGAGUUUGAAACCGAGGGCUCAACACUGGCACCGGAGCCUGCUUCCUACGAAACGGCGUACGUUACAUCCCAUAAGCUCGCUUGCCGUGCUGGGUGCUUCAGUGCCGAUGGGCAGCUGGUGGCAACGGGCAGUGUUGACGCGAGUAUAAAGAUACUGGACGUUGACCGGAUGCUGGCCAAAUCGGCCCCAGAAGACGCUGACCCGGGCCGAGAGCAGCACGCGCAUCCUGUAAUCCGCACACUGUACGAUCAUACGGACGAGGUGUCCUAUCUGGAGUUCCAUCCAAAAGGAAGAAUGCUGGCGUCCGGAUCGAGGGACUGUACCGUGAAACUUUUCGACAUUUCGAAACCAUCGAUCAAGAAGGCACACAAGGUGCUGGGCGAUUGUGUUUCGGUGCGCUGCUUAACGUUUCAUCCAACCGGUGACUAUAUGGCCGUCGGCACCGAUAGCAACGUGCUACGCAUUUAUGACAUCCACACGGCGCAGUGCUUCGUCGGUGCCAUUCCGUCGCACCAGCACAAGGGUUCGAUCACGUGCGUGCGGUACGCGGGUACGGGGAAGGUGCUCGCCACCGGCAGCAUAGACGGUUCGAUCAAGCUCUGGGAUGGUGUAAGUGGUCGCUGUGUCAACACCUUCGCCCAGGCACACGAUGGAGCGGAAAUUUGCUCGCUCCACUUCACCCGCAAUGGCAAGUAUUUGCUGUCGUCGGGGCAAGACUCUUUGGUAAAGCUGUGGGAACUGAGCACCAGCCGGUGCCUGAUUGCGUACACUGGUGCCGGAACUACGGGAAAGCAGGAGCAUCAGACGCAGGCCAUCUUCAAUCACACCGAGGACUAUGUGCUGUUUCCCGACGAAGUAACGACUUCGCUAUGCGCCUGGAACUCCCGGAAUGCCGCCCGUUGUCAUUUGAUGUCGUUGGGACACAAUGGGGCGGUUCGGCACAUCGUCCACUCGCCAACGCAUUCCGCGUUCCUCACCUGCUCCGAUGACUACCGGGCACGUUUCUGGGUGCGAAGAACUAAUAACCACUAGAUCUUAACUACACUUUGGCUAUUCGAA